AUGUCCUCGCACUCAUGGGAGGGCCUUGCUCAGCUAUUAGUUGCAGAAGGGUUCUUUGUCGUGGCGCCCAAUCUCCUUGGGCAUGCGUCGAGACGGGGCACUGACUAUCGCGUGUCCGCUUUUGCAGAAGACCUCCGACCAUAUUUCGUCAUGGACACGUCCUACGACGUAAUUAUCGCUCAUUCUUUUGGAGGCCCAGUGGCCUUGUCGCUCUUGCCAUUCUUGCCCAAAACGAAAGAAACCACUAUCAUACUCGUUGAUCCCGUCCUCGAGGUUGCGGAGGAGAAACUCAAAGUAAACAGAAACUGGUUUCUAACGGAGAUGGCGAAUGUCAGAACUACCGAAGAGCAUAUGACGGAGAAUCCUGCUUGGUCGCGGCGUGACUCCGUAUUGAGGGCGCUAGGAGUCUCUAUGUGCGAUCCCACUGUUGUCGAAGUUUUCCGGCAAAACUCACCAUGGUCUUUCAGUGGGCUGUUCAAAAACAUUCCCCCUAACAUCAAUAUUACCGUGCUGGUGUCGGAUCCGAAGUUCAGCGAUAGAUGUUAUUUGGAACACGUCCCUCGUGACGUAGAGAGACUGAAUGCCAGAGUUCUUACCGGCAUUGGUCACUGGAUUCAAUACGAGCGUCCGGACGCUAUCAUGGAUGUAAUUCCGCUUUCAAGAGCAAAAUUUUUGUCUGCAACCGUCACAUCCAAUCAUAUGCUACUAUUGCUAUUGAUCUUCAACCCGCAGACUAUGUUGCUUGAGUUAAGCAGAGCCCCACAUUCAGAUGCGGACGGUUCCGUAUCAACGGUGAUUCGUGGCGUCCUCCAGAGAGUGAUAGAUACGCCUCACGUCCUCACACUUCCUACGCUCUUCCAUACCAUCCCGUUUGUUGUUUCUACGUCCCAGUGGGGUUCCCCCACAGCUUCUAGGCGGGCUCUUCUCAUUCAUGGCAUGACCAUGUCCUCAAGUUCCUGGGAGGGCAUCGCUCAGCUAUUGGCAGCAGAAGGGUACUUCGUCGUAGCGCCGAACCUCCUUGGGCAUGCAUUCAGGAGACGGAGCACUGACUAUCGCGUGUCUGCUUUUGCAGAAGACCUCCGGCCAUAUCUCGCCAUGGACAUGUCCUACGACGAAACCACCAUCGUACUCGUUGAUCCCGCCCUCGAGCUGACGGAGGAGACAGUCAAAGUAAACACAAACUGGUUUCUAGAGGAGAUGGCGAAUGUCAGAACUGCCGAAGAACACAUGGCUGAGAAUCCUUCUUGGUCACGCCGUGACUCCGUGUUAAGAGUACUAGGAAUCGCUAUGUGCGAUUCCACUGUUGUCGAGGUUUUUCAGCAAAAUUCGCCAUGGUCUUUCAGCGGGCUGUUCAAAAACAUCCCCCCCAACGUAAAGAUCAUGGUGUUGGUAUCAGAUCCGCAGCUCACCAAUAUAUGUCAUUUGGAACACAUCCCUCACGAUAUGGAGAGAUUAAAUGCUAGAGUUCUUACCGGCACUGGUCACUGGAUUCAAUACGAGCGUCCGGAUGCUAUCAUGGAUGCAAUUCUGCUACCAAGUGCAACAUUACUGCUUAAGAAAGAGAUGUCUAUACGGUUUAUUCAACUGCUCCCUACAACAGACACUGCUGAACGACCUGCAACAUGUCCGUCACCAACACUUCCAGUAGGCUACACGAGCACGCGUGCAACUAUUCAGCCCAAGGGUGCUGCCGAGACUACAGAGACGGCACGAUAUACUUAUCAAUAUCGACGGCUUCAAACGACGCAGCUUGAUCGACGCUAA